UGCAGAUAAGUCAAUUUGUUGUUUUAAUGGUUUGAACGGCCCGCAAUUUGUGAUUCUUGUGCCCCAUUUUGUGAUAAAAAAGUGGAAAAUCACGUGAGUAUACAUCAAGCAUCGCGUUACAACAGAAAAUUGUAGAAACCACGUGAAACAAAUUGAUUUUUCCAUGCGGUUCCACGUCAGAGUCAAGGGUUCGAAUCCCAAACAUGCCCGAGUUUUUUCCCAUGUGUUAUUUUAUAUAUUAAUUUUCCUAUUUUUGUAAAGGGGUCCGUGAGUAUUCAUUGAUUGGUGUUGAAGGGGUUUAAUUUUGACGUAUUUUUAUGGUUGUAGCAACACUUAUAGUACAUUUGCAAUAUUUUUAAAUGUUUUGUAAAAGCAGUGAUUUUAGAUAAAUGUCUACUACAACUAACCCUCCAGACUCAACUAUGUUAAAAUUAACAGCAGAGGAACCUAAACAAGGAUUAAUUCAACAGGUACAAUCAACUGACACCAAGACCAUCAAACCAAAAAUUAAAAGGGGAGCAAAAAGGUCACCAUACAAUCACAAAACCAUCACAAAACAAGCAAAAGUUGAGGCAUUAAAUAGUUUUGAAUUGCAUAGGAUUAUUGAAGCAAAGCUUGAAAAUUUAUCAAGUCCUCAAUCAGUAAGUGACAUGGAGAACAAGCCAAAAAGAACCAGGAAAUCAAAUGACACCAAAAAAACUGUGAUAGAUAAGACUCAGGAUAAAUCAAAUGAUAAUCCAAAAAAAGGUAAAAUUACUAAGUAUUUUUCUGUAUUGCCAAAAACUGCUGAAACUAGUGAAAACAAUAAGACUAAUAUUAAGAACAGUUCAGACAUACAAAAGCCAGAUAGUAAUAAAAUUAAUAGCGAAAUCAAUAUUCAUCGUUCUGCCUUAAAAACGUAUUCUAAGAACUCGAAUCAAAGCAAUAAAGAUGAUAGUAAUAAAAAAACAUCGAAAUUAAAAUCAGAAACAGAAGUGAUAAAACCGACAUCUUCAACUAACAAACGUCGAAGAUCUGAUAAUUUAGAAACUAAUGGUGAAUCAGAUCAAUUAGUCAUAAACGGUAAAAAACAAGUAAAUUCGUCGAUCAAAAAACGUACAAGACAAAGCAAUAUUAUAACAGAAACGUGUGACGAAACAGACAAAAAUGAUUCGAUCACGUCGUCGAAAGAAGGAUCUAAGAAGUCGGAUUCGAAAAAUAACAAUUCCGAAUCACCCUCAAAAACACGAUCGAGACAAAGCGUCGAUUAUUUCAAGAUGGAAAAUCCGGAAGGAGAAACGCCGAAGAGAAAACGGGGUAGGAUUUCCAACGAGGGGACCAUCGAAGAGGAGUCGAAAAAACGGAAACGGCAGUCCAACAAUUCGAUAAAAGAUAUGCUCGAGUUGAUUAAAACUGAAAAUAGCGUUAAAGAAUCCAAUUUGGUGACGGAUGGCAACGUGACUUGCGCAGAAUGUAAAAUAAACAUUCCUGCAGACGAAUGGGCCGAUCACAACACUCGCGAACACUAUACUUUCGGCUGGAGGCUUGGAGAAAACCAACCUACCGUAAAAAACACUAAAAAAAACCGCAAAGUUCUCGAUGAUAUUUUGGAGACUGUUAAUGAAUUGAACUGCAAAAAGUGCGAUUUAAAAUUGACAACAUCCUUGGGAUAUUUAGAACAUUUGCAGGAGUGUGGUAAAGAAAAACUACCCGAUAGUAAAGUAGUUUGCGGGGUGUGUAAGUUGAAAAUCGAGAAACCACAGUGGCAACAUCACAAGUACAAAGCCCACACCAACUUAGCUUGGAAAGAGGGUGAAACUCCUUUGGAUUUGAACGACAACAGCGUAGUAAUGGCAAUUCUGAACAAACUAUAUAAAGAGAAGAAGCCCUUGUUUUGCGAAAAAUGCGGAGUAUCUAAAAAGUCUGUAAUAGGUUUCUUGUCGCAUCGAUCGAUGUGUCAAUUGUCGGCAGAUGAACUGGAGGGCUUAAAGAUAAAAUGCGAACUGUGCGACAACAGAGUGUUGCCGGUUAGCAUGGUCAUGCAUCUCAAGUGUAAGCACAAGUUGAACCCUGACAUGACUCCCAUAUUGACGCCUCCACCCAAAAAGAACGAACUUGAAGAUGUGAUGGAAACGGGCAAAAGACGCGCCCACAGAAAGGCGCUUAGUUUUAUUGAAAAUAUGGAUGAUCAACAACCCUUACAGCACACACAUUACACUUUUAAAUUAUUACUGGAUGAACCAAAUGUUAUUUCUAAGUUGAAAGGCGAAGAAGAGGAUAAUAAAAAAGUGACGUGUAAAUUCAAAGAGUGCCAAAUAGAAAAGCCGACCGCUACUGAAAUAAUUGAUCAUAUGAAAAACUGUGAUAAACAGCCUGAAAAUUAUUAUAAUUGCAAAUACUGUUGGUUUUUGGACAACAGUGAGAUUGAAGUGAGGAGUCAUAUUCAAAUUGUCCAUAACAUAAAUUGUCGGGGCAAAUUAUUGAACGACGUGAAAGAUGAAUACAUUGCACCUGUGGAGGAGCAGACUGCUACUUCUCACAGUUCUAGAAAACCAGCUUCUAAAGUUAUAGUUGAUGAAAAUGGAUCUGCGCGUCCCAAAUUUUUAAUACCUAGGAUUAGGGGGAAGCAUAACAACUUAUUUGGACAGGCUUUUUUAUGGACACGCGAAUUCCGGGAAUUUAAUUACAGUACAUCACGGUUGUUUGACAAAUUCGAAGCCGAUAAAAACCAAUGGCUGUUAUUAGAAGAAAUGUUGCUAGACUCAUACUUGCCCAAGUCAAACGAUUCUUGUAACGUCGACUUUGCAAUCACUAGUGGUUUCGGUGAACCCGAUCCCAAAAACAUUUCGUUCAAAAACAUGGAGCUAUUUGACACCAAAACGCACUCAAACGGUUACGCGACGAUUUUUGCGGGUGGACCAAUAACGGCAAUGUCCUGGGUUCCAACUCCGGACUCGGUGACUGAAAGUCCCCAAUUCUUGGCUGUGGCGGUGCAAAACGACCCCGACUCUCAAUACUACCACAACGAAAACUACCACGAGCCCUAUCUGAUUCAAUUCUGGCACUUUGGUUCAUUGAGAAACCGCUCCAAGGAUCCAAUUAAGCCGCAAUUGGCGUUUUGUCUAGCUUUUGAUUAUGGACCAGUUUGGCAUUUGGAAUGGUGUCCGUCCGGGUGUUACGAUUUGGACAGACGUAGACUGGGGUUGUUGGCUGUCGCCGCGAGUGAUGGUAACGUCUACGUUUAUUCUGUGCCGUUUUUCAGUGAGGACGAAUUCGGUUUGUUUUAUAAACCAAAACCAUCGGUAGUACUAAAGUUUGGCCAUCCCGAAGACCACAAGCUAUCCGAACAGAAGUUUUACGCUACCAAAGUCUCUUGGUCACAGGCGUUUGGACACGAGCGAAUAGCAGUGGGUUACACGAACGGUUCCGUGGCAAUAUUCGACCUCACCAAGGAUUCAACCCUCCUAGAAAUACAACAGAACAGCACAUCAUUCCUGUUUCCGUAUCUAUCUUUUCAAGCUCACUAUCACUACAUAACAGGCAUCCAAAUCUUGCCGUAUUCCGGCUGCAGUGUCCUGGUAACCACCUCUUUCGAUCGUGAUCUUUGUUUCUGGGACCUGAAGACCCAGAACGUGAUUUUCGCCUUCAGGAAACGAAACAUUUUCACCUGCUCGGCCUGGUUCAACAAUUGGAUGGGGGUUGUGACCGGAUCGGACGUGGCUUUCAACACCACAGCUCCUUGCAGUUCCAGUAUCACACAAGUGCGGCACUUCACGAGCAAUUGGUCCCAUUUAUUGCCCAGUUAUGCUACCGUUAAAGAUGUAUCGACUAAUGAUUGGCUGAAUUGUGUGGCGCACGGAAAUACGAUUGGAGAAGUAUGCACUUAUCUUGGACAACAAUUUUUGUGUGGCCUGGACAGCGACAAACGAGUUAAAUUUUAUAGAAAAGUACUAUCCACGGUUAAAAUUGUGCCGAAAGUACCCAAAACCGAUACGCAAACACACGAACCAAUUGUAUACAAGUCGGCAGUAGAUAAGUACGGCGUAGUUAUUUGUGACGUGAAAGCUGAUUCCUUCAAAGAUUUUCCGGCGAGUGUCGAGAACAAUUUCACGACCGACAUUAAACAAGGUAAAGCGGAUACUUAUCCAUUGGCUGCUGUUAAUAAAGUCGCUUACAAUCCGAAUUUGCAAGCAUCGACUUUUUUGGCAACUGGAUAUCAUAUUGGAUUUGUCAGGAUUAUGGUUAUGAGAUUUUUAAACGAUGACGAACAAGUUAUGUGAUCGAUUUAUUUAAUUGUUAUUCGUACAUAUUGUUAUUAUGAAGUAUGUAUAGGCUUGGUUUUUUUAAGUAUUUAAUAAUUAUAUUAAAUACAUAAUUAUUUAUUAUUAA